UGUUCUCUUGCGCGCUGCUACUCCACGCCACUCCACGCUUCUCUUGCAGGGAUGCCCACACUGGACACUGACUAUUUCUUUUAAAUUGUUAGGAUUAUCAUAAAUAACUUGUCGACGUUUGACUUUGACAACUUGGACUGAAUUUCCACGAUGGCAGGCACACCAUUUGAGCAGUGGAACAAUUUCCUAGACCUGAUCGACGAGGCAAAAGAAUUUCUGUUGAAGGCAGAACAGGGAGAAAUGUGCUUGAACCAAUUGAAAAGCCUCUCGGACCGAGGGAUGGAAAUUUUAAAGCAGGAAGAAGCUGAAGACAAGAAGUUGCAGAUGAUCAUGCUGGACAUGAAUCUGAUGGACGUGCUGUUUAAAAUCUUCCAACUGAAUAUUCGCAUUCUCUCACCUGACAAGUUCAACUUUGACCCUGUGGUCCACGCUCACAAAAUUCUGCAUGUGGUGAAAGAAAAAGAUGGUCAAAACUGGGCUGACACCCUUAUCGAGGACUUCUCUCGUUCUGCUUCCAAAGUGUUUGGCUUCAAAGCACCCUCCCUCAGCGUCAUGGCUGGGGCUCUGGAGAUCACCGACCCUGAGAAAAAAGCCAAGGUCAGGGCAGCUCCUGUCAGACUGCCAAAGGAUGUGAUCGAGCCAGCUAAAGCUCCCGAAAAGGUGGACGCUGUGAAGGGCAGAACUGUGGAGGAGACUGUGAUGGAAAUUGAAAGGCAACUCAUUCAAGCCUAUGAACGGAACCAAGAUUCGUCUCUCAGCUACAUCAAGUUCGUUUUCAACCCCGACUCCUUCUCAAAGACUGUCGAAAACAUCUUCCACAUUUCCUUUCUGGUCAACAGCAAUCGAGCGAGCAUCUUUUUAGACAAGGAUAAAAGACCCAGGAUCAAACCUAUUCCAAAGGAAAACUGGACCAAGAGCAGAGAUAGCAAGUGUGCCUUAGUCAUGAGUGUCACUCCUGAAGAGUGGAAGGAGGCUGUUAGGUUGUUCGAUGUCAAGAAACCCAUGAUUAUUCUGAAAGAGAGUGAUAUUCCUGAUACCAAACAAACCAAUGCUUCUCAGAAGCGCAAGCGUUAGGCUAGAUGAAGCCCAGUUUCUAGAGCCGAAUCAGCAAAUUCGUGAAUGAAACUAAAUUAUCUGAAUGCAGUACAAUCAAGAGUCAAUUUAAUUAUAAUUCUAUGUACAAUUUUAUACAAUUUGAUAGUGGCUCUUCAGUAUACUCAGCAGCCUUGUCUCUGGGAGCGUUGACAGCUGAGCCAUGAAUGAGUCUGUAAGCAGUGACCAAAAUAAAUAUACGUUAGCAAACA